GAACCCGGGGUCGGAGGCGAGGUCGCGUCCCGGGUCUCCCACUCUGCGGAGCAGCAGCGGGCGGCGAUCGCCCGGCCCCGGGGUCGGAGGGCACAGGCUAUCUAUCCAUCACAAACUCCUCAAGUUGGUCCAGAGGCCGGCUGCGCGCUGAGGGAAGUACGCCCCUGGGGGCGUGCAAUGCCGGGACUCGGCCCCACAGCCCCCCCAACUCACUAACGACCACGGGGAUGGGGGGGCCAGGGGGCUCAGGUGAGCACACGGGGAGAGAGAGAGAGAAGGGGUGAGGGCGGGGUGUGCCGGAACAUAGCCAAUCCGGAGAAGUUGAGGCCCGCGUUGCUAUGAGACAAGUCCCGCCCCGCAGGCGGUACCGGAAGUGGCGGGCUGGGAUCAGCCUUUAAGAUGGCGUCUCCUCAGGGGGGCCAGAUUGCGAUCGCGAUGAGGCUUCGGAACCAGCUCCAGUCAGUGUACAAGAUGGACCCGCUACGGAAUGAGGAGGAGGUCCGGGUGAAGAUCAAAGACCUGAAUGAACACAUUGUUUGCUGCCUGUGCGCCGGCUACUUCGUGGAUGCCACCACCAUCACAGAGUGUCUCCACACCUUCUGCAAAAGUUGUAUUGUGAAGUACCUGCAGACCAGCAAGUACUGCCCCAUGUGCAACAUCAAGAUUCACGAGACGCAGCCGCUGCUCAACCUCAAGCUGGAUCGGGUCAUGCAGGACAUAGUGUAUAAGCUAGUACCAGGCUUGCAAGACAGUGAAGAGAAACGGAUUCGGGAAUUCUAUCAGUCCCGAGGCUUGGACAGAGUCACCCAGCCCAGUGGGGAAGAGCCAGCCCUGAGCAACCUUGGCCUCCCUUUCAGCAGCUUUGACCACUCCAAAGCCCACUAUUACCGCUAUGAUGAGCAGCUGAGCCUAUGCCUGGAGCGGCUGAGUUCUGGCAAAGACAAGAAUAAAAAUGUCCUUCAGAACAAAUAUGUCCGAUGCUCUGUUAGAGCUGAGGUACGCCAUCUCCGGAGGGUUCUGUGUCACCGCCUAAUGCUAAAUCCGCAACAUGUACAGCUCCUUUUUGACAAUGAGGUUCUCCCUGAUCACAUGACAAUGAAGCAGCUAUGGCUGUCCCGAUGGUUCGGCAAGCCAUCCCCUUUGCUUUUACAAUACAGUGUGAAAGAGAAGAGGAGGUAGGGGCCAGCCAGGCUUGCCUCCACCCCCUUCCCACCCCUCCCCAGAUAUUUAUGUAAAAUUAACUGUGGCUUUAUUUUUUGAAAUAAAAGCUUUUAAAAAGCA